GGCAUCGGGCGCGUAAUCUCCAUGCGAGUAUACAAAACAACUGCUGUAGCAAAUCGCAAAUGGCGACGUCGUUCUGGUACUUCUUUUUGAUUGGUUUGUGUAUUUUGGCAAGCAUCGUCGAUGGGCGACGCGAGAUCAAGUUCAAUUGCACACUGACGGCUAACUACUAUGAUUGUUUGUUUCGAGAUGUCAAUAUACGUAGUGAAUCGGAAGCCGAUAGCAUCUUUUUCGGAGAACAGAAUUUCAAUGACACCAGUAUUGCAUUUCGCGAUUGUUCGAUGGUAGUGCUACCGAAGAAAGUAUUCGAAACGUUUCCGGCGAUUCAGUAUCUCUCGAGUGAUGCUUGCAACAUCCAGAAACUACUAGGGGGAACUUUCGCCAAUGCCCAGCGAUUGCAGGAGCUACAUUUGUAUAACAAUAAGAUUUCAAAGUUGAAUAACUUUGUGUUCAAUGGGGCGCUGCAGUUGGAGAUUCUGUCUCUGUAUAACAACACGGUCAAAUACCUUGAAGAGCAUGCAUUCGAUGGACUCGGACAUCUGCGACAACUGUACAUGGACGAUAAUUUAAUUGAAAAGCUACCGGAGAGUUUGUUCUCCGGCCUGGAGGAGCUUCAAAUACUGGAAUUGCAGAAUAACAAAAUCAAAGAGAUCAACGACGAUCAGUUCAUCCUUUGCUCGAUGUUAAGAGAACUUAAUCUAUCUGCAAAUAUGAUCAACACAUUUAAUAUGACUCAGUUGAUUGGAUUAAACAAACUGGAAACACUCGAUAUCGGAAAGAACUACUUAGACGAAGUAUUUGUAACAAAGUACCUUCGGACACUAAAUGCCCAGGAAAAUCAAGUGAGUCGAAUCCUGAUGGACCAGGGCGACUUUUUUCAGCUAACUCAUCUGAACCUAUCGCGAAACAACAUUGCCAACAUUAAUAACAUUUUCAAGUUUCGCAAUCUGAUCGACUUGGAUGUUUCCUAUAACGAGCUCAUCACUCUGGACUUUGUCAUAUUCGCGUUCAUGAAAAACCUCAAGGACAUUAAGCUGAACAACAACCACUUGUGGAUAAUUGACAACGGAAUCCCAGCACCGGCAAAGUCCCUUCGAACGCUCAAUCUCGCUCACAACAAGUUUCUUUUUAUCGAUUUGGCCGUGUUCGAUACGUUUCCGGCACUGGAGAAUAUCUACCUCCAUGGUAACGAGCUAAUCGAUAUGCGUAUCGAAGAAGUUGAGCAAAACUUCCCCUACCUCUCGCUGGUUUCCACCGACAACAACGAUUGGGACUGUAUCAAUCUGAUGAGUAUCGUAACAACCCUGGAGCGCGCCUACGUCAAGUGGUCGACCGGUAAUCGCAACUGUACGAAACCCGAGCAGCACAAGUUUAUCUGCUGCACCUCGACGGAGCACCAUCUGCGGGAGAAAAUCGUGCGGCUCACCAAGGAAAUUUACAAAUCGCGAAAGAUGAUUAAGCAGCUCAUUAUGGAAAAUGCCGAGCUUCGUACCGAGGUCGAGAUGCAAUUUCUGCCCCCGAUUGACUAGACGUAGAUUCCGAGAAUAUUGGUAAAGUGGGUCACAAUUUGGAGAAUCGCAAAAAGAUAUUAUUAGAAUCGAUUUAAAAUAUCGUAA